AGCAGCUAUGCCCGGGAGAAAGAAACAGUUUUUUGAGAACACUGAUCUUGUUCAAUUGGGUUGUUCACGUUAUGCUCAUUGCUAUUUAAUUGCUCGAGAUUACUACUCUUGGCUUAAGAUCUGGUUGAGGUUUUUCACAAUGGUUGUCAGAGGGAGGAAGGGGAAGAGGAAGAUGAGUGUAGCCCUCAAGCUUGCCAAAUGGGCUCACAGUGAUGCUGAAAUGGUGAAGAAAGCUCCUGCUAAGGGGUCCAAGAAGGGGUGUAUGAAGGGGAAAGGGGGGCCAGAUAAUGCCCAUUGUAAUUACAGGGGGGUUAGACAGAGAACUUGGGGGAAAUGGGUUGCAGAGAUCAGACAGCCCAAUAGAGGAGACAGGCUAUGGCUUGGUACCUUUGUUACAGCUGAGGAAGCUGCCCUUGCUUAUGACUUUGCUGCUAGGAUGAUUUAUGGCCCCUGUGCUAGGCUCAACCAUCCUCAGAUUAAUAAGGUCUGUACUACUACUGAUUCUCUUCCUAUGGGAACUAUACCCAAGUCUGCUGUUGUAAGUUCUGAAUUCUCUGAAGUCCCACAAAUUGAUCUUUGUUCUGAAAAUCAUGAGGACAAUCUAGCCAGUUUUGCCUCUGUGCUUGAAAAAAAUAUUGCCAUGAUUCCCCUGUCUACUCCUCUUCAAGUAAUCCCCUUUGAAGAUUCCCCAAACGCCCAGUGCUGUAAUGUCCCUGAAUUCUCUGUAAUUGGAGGGGAGGACAUUGCUAGACAAAGUGGACCCUGUUCUUUAUCUGGGUCCAUUGCUAGAAUCCAGCAAAUUGAGCCUUGUUCUUCAUUUGGGUCCUUGGCAAUUGAAUUGGGCUAUGGUGAACUUGGAAUGCCACAUUCUAUCCCUCUUCAAGCUGCAAGCCCCUUUGAAGAUCUUCCUAAUGCCCAAUGCUCUAAUGUCCCUGAAUUCUCUAUAAUUGAAGGGGAGGACAUUGCUAGAAAAAGUGGACCCUGUUCUUCAUCUGGGUCCACUGCUAGAAUCCAGCAAAUUGAACCUUGUUCUUCAUCUGGGUCCUCUGCAAUUGAAUUGGGUUAUGGUGAAAUUGGAAUGCCACAUUCUAUGUUGGAGCAAUGUAAAGAUGUCAUAGACAACCUGAGCUUUAUUAAGAUCGAAGAGGUCCCAUAUCCAGGUUUUGGGAAGAUUUGUGAUUGGUUUUGUAUGGAAAUGGGAAAUCCAAACAUUAAGGAAAUGAUUGAUGCCAGUGCAAAUGCUUUGUCUUGUGAAGACUUCUGGCUGCACCAAAAUGAUGAUUUAGGUGGUCCAAAUCACUCACAGCCUUUACAGGAUAUGGGAAUUCUUGAGGCCUUAUUCAAUGAGUGCAAUCCAGCAUGUCAAAGGAAUGAAGGUUUCUAAGUACCAGAGAUUUCCUGAUGAGCAGACUACUUAGAGAUCUGAAUUGCAAACUACAAGCACUUUGUUAUUGGUUGGCAGACUGUAAUCAGCCAUUAUGCAUCAACAUCCUGCCCUGGUGGAGGAAUGUUGUCUGUGGAAGCAAAAAACUGUCAUCUUUUAGAGGAUUUGUUAAUAUAUUUAUAGAAUCAAAAACACCAACCAAGAUGAUCAUGCUAGGAAUUUACUCAUUUUAAGGCGUACAGCCCCUCACGUUCUACUCUCAAAUCCACCCUGAUCAGUAGAUGAUAAGAAGAAAGAUCCAAAUAUUCUUCCCAAAGAUCCACAGCUUCCGGGGAUAAACCCAGCAUUGGCAUCAUUCAAUGAUGCAAUAGGUAUGUUGACAGGAGAAGCCAUGUAGAGAGUUACGAUUCAAAUUGAUUCGAGUAUACUUCGUGAAUGUUAGCCCUGAUCUUUCGAUGCUCCCAAUGCUAAUUAAGGGAUGUAUUAAAGAUUAUCUGUUAUAAACUUCAUUA